GAAGCACUCGGAGAUCCGCCUUCCUCUCCAUCAACCUGCGGCGCGUGCUGUUACGCUAUUGGCCUUUUAUUCUAGUGACACGGCUGCUAUUCUUGAAGGCGCUCUAAUCCGUGUAUCCGUCGGAUAGGACAGAGUUAAAUUGUUCUUUUUCUAUCCGUGGACGUCGAUUUGCUUUGGAUUUCACUGCGCUUUAUUGGCGGAGCGUCGAUUGCGCUUUAAUUCAAUCGGCAGACAUUACGCGCGCGGGAGGUGCGGCCACCGAAAACAUUAUUACCCUCACCCGACUAAGUGCAUUCUGUAAACAUGAGUGAUUCAGAGAAACAAGCGGUCUCUCUCAAAGAAAAGGACGGGAUUGAGAAAAGAGGACGAGGAAGACCAAGGAAACAUCCCAAGGUAUCAAGUGGCUCUCCAACUCCAAAGAGAUCGAGGGGGCGACCAAAAGGCAGCAAAAACAAAGGGACUUCAAAGGGAAAAGCAUCUGCUUCUUCUGGAGACAAACCAAAGGGGAGACCUAAGAAAGAGGAGAAAGAAAAGCAUGCUCCUCAGGAUUCAUCUGAAGAUGAGGAGGAAGAUGAUGAAGAAGAGCCGUAACUAACUCACCGCACAACACUACCUUAUACUCAACUAUCCGUCUGCUCUCCAACACAUGAAGAACACAGAAUGUCAUUCACUUCCUUCUGCGACUCAACUGCACCGUACAUAUGGAGUUUCUGUUUUUCUGUCAGAUAUAGAAAGCAGGAUCAUAUAUGUUGAGUGUUUGCUUGUUUUGUUCUCUCUCUCUCUCGCUCUAAAUAUAUAUAUAUAUAUAUAUAUAUAGAUAUCUAGUUUUUGAUUUUACUAUACGGUAUAUACACAGAUAUCUAUCUAUUUAAUGGAGAUGCUUUUCUAUUUGCGCUUUAGUUUUGUAUUCUGCUGUCCAUGGCUAGUUUUAGAUGAAGUUAUCAUUUGACUUUGACAUCAUCAUCAGUCGUUCUCUUACAGCAGUAUGCAUUCUUUUGAAAUGUAGUUUAGCUUAUUGUGAGACGUUUCAUAGGACUCUAAAACCAGUGAAUAUUUGUUCAGAGGCAGGUUAUUGUAUUUUAUUAUCAAAUAUAAGUUGCCUGGGCCACGUGUUAAUAUAGAUUUAGCGUGGAAGUAGCAUGUAAUGUGUAAUUGUCUUUAAACCCCUGGCAGUCAGCAUCACUGGUGCAUGCUUAUUUGUAGGACACUUCAGAGGUUUCUGGAAGGAUUGUUCACUUUUGAAGGCGUCCAGUUGUUGCUGGUACAGUUUGCACUUUGAAGACCGCAUCACAAAUCACAUCUCUGAGAUAUGGUCUGUGUGAGACAUUCCAUGAUAAAACAACAGGCGUUUGAGAGCCGAAUAUUAUUGUACUGAUGGAGAAUGUAACCAUUUUAGCAACAAACGUUUGGGUUUGUAGGAUAAUAACAUGAUGGAAACAUUCACUUACACACUUAGUUUACACUUUUACUCCUCACAGGACUGUUUACAUAACAAUAGCAACUCAAGGUUAUCCACACCAAAGUGCUUCUGGAGAACUGAAUGAAAUACAUUUAUUUCGGAUCAUUGACAGUUGCAGUAAGAGAUCCUGGAGAGAAGUCUUUGGGUGGGAAAUGAGAUUGUCCUCAAGGCUUCUUUACAAAUAGGAAGUGGAAACAAAACCUAUAACCAUAUGAUUUUCUUUUGAAUACUUCAAGAUUGUGUUUAGUGCUUUGGAAUCGUGAGAUAUUCCCCUCAGGUAUUAAGGUGUGAAGAACAGACAGCACGUACCCAAGAAAACACAGAUGCUUCAGUUGUAGAAGCACCCUUUAUUCAGCUGUGAGUGUUCGUGUUGCAGUAGACGUUCUGUUAAUACAACAUUAGAGGUCUAUAUGUGGAUUACAUUUAUUAACUAUUUAUUUCAAUGUGUAAUGUGUGCUAAUCUUAAUAAAAAUACUUUUUCAAAUGA